AUGUACGUGGGGCUUGCAAAAUUGAUUGCUGAGGAAUUCCCACAAAGCGAGCAUCGCUUUUGUGUGCAGCACAUUUACAACAAUUUCAAGAAGAGAUUUGUUGGAGAAAAUUUCAAAGAACGGUUGUGGGAGAUUGCCUCGAGUACCACCCUCGAACAUUAUGUGGACAAGAUGAAUGCUUUGCAGACCGAGUAUCCCCUAGCACAUCAGUGGCUUUCUGGAGUUGCUCCCAAAGAAAAGUGGGUCAAGGCAUUUUUCUCUCCACACACUUGUUGUGAUGUGCUCCUGAACAACAUUUGUGAGACAUUCAAUUCGAAGAUUGCAUUGGCUCGAGAGAAAGCAAUUAUCAGCAUGUUGGAGGAUAUUCGAACAAGUCAAAUGGAAAGAAUUCAGAUCAGAGGCCAUUGGAUCAAAAGCUACACUCACGCAGUCCCUCCUGUUAUCAAGGAGCUUGUUGACAAGUGGUACGCGAGGGCGUCAUCGUGGAGGGCUACAUGGAACGGACAGUCUUCGUACCAAGUUACUGGGCCGUCUGGCCAAUAUGUAGUCAAUAUGCGUGAUUUCACAUGCUCCUGCAGAUUGUGGCAGCUAACCGGAAUCUCAUGCACGCAUGCUGUCACAACAAUCAACAAGAAUGACGACGACGUGAUGCGAUUCGCCUCCCGAUAUUAUUUGAAGUCCACAAUGAUCGUGCUAUACGAGAAUGUCAUUUACCCAUCAAUGGGGUGGACAAUUGGCCCAAGUCUACUUCUGCUGAUGUGUUGGAACUGGCGCCCCCGAGGACAAAGCGACAGCGUGGUAGGCCGAGGAAACGGAGACGUGAGGAGCCCCAGAUUCGUCUUCAUGCGGACGUAG